GCGAUGGCGCAGGAGGGCAAGAUGAAGACCGUCUGCGUCAAGGCGCGAACGGAGAACCACACACUCGAGUCGUUGAAGCUCAAGGGGGACCAGUACAGGAAGACGCAGGCCGAGGUCGCCGCGCGGGCUCAACACCUUGAGGAGCAGGAUGCGAGUCCGUCUGCCAGCCCGAACGGCGCCUCGCCAGGUGGCGUGCAGUCAGCGGCCGCGGCCGCUGCGGGGAUUGGCCCGAUGCUGAACCCGAGUGCGAUGGCCUGCUCGAGGACAGUCGUCACGGGCGAGGGUGGCCGCGGGCCUCGCACUCCAGGCGCAAAGCCACGGGGGGCAGCCAGGUCGGCGGCGAUGUCGGCGGAGGGGAAGCAAUCUGAGGUGGAGGAGCUCGUGGAGCGCCGCAUCGCCGCCCUGGACGUGAACAGGUGCUGGUCAGGCACCGCCAUGGGCCGCGAGCUCCGCUGGGCGAGGGAAAGCCACCAGACCAUCAUGGAGGGCUGCCCCAACCCGCGGGACAGCGAGGUGGCGGACAAGUUGAAUGAGCACAUCCUUGUAUGCGACGCGAUCUGCCAGCUGGUCGAGAAACCGAUAGCAACGCUGCCAAAGGCCAAGCUGGAGAGCCUCCUGAAGGCCAUCGAGGCGGGGGACGAGGACUUGCCAUCGAAGUGGAAGCUGGACGUACUCAAGCUCAAGGUCGCCGAGUUCAUCAAGAUUGGCGACUUCGACGUGCAUGAGUUCUUUGUCAUCGUCGCACCGUGGGAAGUCCAAGCUGAAGUUGACAUCAUGAGCGACACCAGGUACAAGCCCACGCGCCCACGGGUGCUCACGUGCGACGGGAGCUUGUCGGACAAGAUCGUUGCUUGCGAGGGUUUCUUUAUGGAAACGUUGGCCCAGUUCAUCCAGAGUGGCAAGGAGGGGCAGCUCAGCUUGACCAGAUUCUGCAUCAAGUGCCUCGAUUGGCUCGACGAGAAGUGUCCUGAUGACGAAGAGUUUGACGACGUCGUCUCGGCGAUGACGACGUGCUUGAAGGCCACCUUGUGCAUCGCCGACCCCGUGCGCCUGGAGUACAAGGACGCGCUGCUGGAGAUGACGGCUGCGAAGUCGACGGAGGUUGGCAAGGCGUGCUUGCGCCACCUGAGCUUGGCGGUGAAGCGGUCGGCGCACUACGCAGCGCUCAAGCUCAGCCCACCCACUGUCGUAACACCCGCGCUGGACGCGGUAGCUUCGACGCGCGCGGACCCCAUCCCCGAGUGGUGUAAGGCGGCUUCAGCACAGGAUGAGUUCGACCAGUAUUUUCUGAAAACGAGCGAGCUUUUCCCGCAGAUGGUCCAGCUGAUGGCGGCCAUGGACGCGGCGACGGACAUCAGAGAGGUAGAGCGGUCGGGGACUCUGAAGGCAGCGCUCGAGCUGUUGCCGAACGUCGUGACGUACUGUCGGCCAGGCAGCUUCGGCAACUUCAAGGAACAGGUGAGCGCGAAGUUGGACGAAUACAUUAACAGUUACUUAUUUUGCGGUGCCCUCGCCGAGGCAGAUGGUUCCGCGCAGACUUCCAUGCUGGCCGAUGCGAAGGCACUGGUCACCAUCGCUAAGACCAGCAUCUCAGAGAAGGGUUCAUUGUGGGCGACGGCAAUGGAUAAGAUCAAAGAGAAGGAGUCCGAGAUCAACCAGUUCAACGCCAACAAGGGCUUGGCGCAGCUCGCGGAGUCCCUCGACGACGAGAUCUUGAUGAACCUCGAUAGGCUCAAGGAGGUGCUCCCAGUGAUCGAGUCCGUGCUGGCCGCUGGCGGCAGGGGCGUGGAGGUCCACAAGGAUAGCGCUGCCACCAUCUUCGGAAAGAUCUACUCGGUGAUCUGCCAGUAUGUCCGUGCCCCGACGGAGGCCGCACCGCACCUGCACAUAUUGAUGACGCUUACGGAGACAAAUUGGUUGGCUGGCGAAUCGGCGGUGAAGCUCGACAAGGUGAUUACCAUGCUCAAGGCUUGGGGCUCCCUCUCGCAGCAGCGCGCUCAGUGGGCGCAGUCUGGUAACGACGACGCGGUGCGGCUGAUCAAGGAUGGGUCGGCGAACCUGGUGACGAGCAUCCGUUCUUCUGUCAAGGCGAUGCAGUCCACUGGCUUGGUGGCAGAGGUGAUCGGGGCGCAGUCGGACGUGACGGCGGCGACCGAAGAGAUGAACUCAGCGGCCAAUGUGUGCAUGGCGAUCGUGACCGAUGCCAUGAAGGCUGCGACGGCGGCGUUGAAGCCGUUCGCGACGGGCACGGAGGCGUUCGACCAGCCUUGGGACCAGGACCUGGCUGCGGACGCGGGCAUGGACUCGGUUCUGAAGCGCGUGGAGGAGACGAUCUUGCAGAUCGACGGGGGCUCCUUCCAGAAGCGGAUCGACGCUGUCCUCGACGCGAAGAAGCGCGCCGUGGGGUGGGCGCAGGUCUUCGAGGUGCAGCAGGACGAGGAUGCGACCAAGGAGGCGGUCGACACGAUGAGAGUGGCGAGCGCCACUAAGUUCACGGCGCUGGUGGUGCACGCGUUCAAGACGUGCGCUGGCCAGGCGCCGAAGAUGCGCCGCAUGGUGAACGCGUACCGCAAGGAGGCGGCGGAGGCCGACGCCGUCAGCGCCAUGCGCCAGGACGUGGUGGAGUGGGCCGCGAAGCUGGCGUCGCUCAAGGGCAGCACCUAG